AUGGGUUUGGUUUCGAAACUAACGUUUUCUGGAAAGGUGCUCACAGAUCCCAAGAGUAUAGACAAGAUGGAAUUUGUAGAUAUGUCUCUAGAUGACAUUAUAAUCCUUAGAAAGAUAAAAUAUAGAAAAAAUAACUCAUUUUCAAGACAGCAAUCAAAUGCUUGUAAGGAUCGCCACCAGGAAAGAGGACGCUCAAGAUUCAGAAACAUUGUUGAAGAAAGGAAUGAUAAAAAACCAAACCAAGAACCUUUUGGAUCCAAGUCUGGACAAAGCCCUUUAAACAGGCAACCUUUAAUGAAUCUGAAGUGCAAUGAAAAUUCUAAAGCCCAAGCAGAGAUGAAUCAAGGCCAAUCAGAGGGGAACCAAUAUCAAUCAGAAGGAUCUCAAGGCCAAUCAAAAGAAAAUCGACACUCUUCAGAGAGAUCUCGAAGCCAAUCAGCGAGAUCUCGAGGCCAAUCAGAGAGAUCUCGUGGCCAAGCAGAGAGAUCUCAUGGCCACAUGAGAAGAUCUCAUGGCCCAUCAAAGAGAAGUCAUGGUCACUCAGAGAGAUCUCGUGGCCAAUUAGAGAGAUCUUGUCGCUAUAGAGAAAGAUCUCAUGGCCAGUCAGAGAGAUGGCGUGGCCAAUUAAGAGAUCUUGUAGCUAUACAGAAAGAUCUCAUGGCCAGUCAGAGAGAUCGCGUGACCGCUCUGAGAGAUUCCGUGACCGCUCUGAGAGAUUCCGUGACUGCUCUGAGAGAUUCCAUGGUCACUCAGAGAGAUUUCGUGACCGUUCAGAGAGAGAUGAUGUCAUGUCAGAUAGAUCUCGUAGCCAAAUGGGGAGAUAUCAUGGUCAAUCAAAGAGAUCUCAUGACCUAUCAGGGAGAUAUCAAAGAAACUCACCAGAAGAAACUGAGUCUGAACUUGACAGGUAAAAACAUAAUGAAUACUUAA